GAAAUCACAUGGAUUUGUUUUGAAUUGUUUCUUUUAAUUUUUAUUUUAUUAUCUAAUAUCUAUUCUCGAUAUUUUUAAGUACAGAAUGCAAAAUGACUCGAUUAAUAGUUAAAAAUUUACCCAACAAGGUUACAGUAGAAAAACUCAAAGAAUUAUUUGGCGAAAAGGGUGAAGUAACCGACGUACAACUAAAAUAUACAAAAGAUGGCAAAUUUAGAAAUUUUGGCUUCGUGGGUUAUCGGACAGAAGAGCAAGCCGAUGCGGCGAGAGAACAUUUUAAUGAAACCUUUAUCAAUAGCAUGAAGAUAUCCGUUGAAAGUUGUGCAAAUUUAGGUGACGAAAAGAAACCAAGAGCGUGGAGCAAAUAUGCCAGUGACAGUACUGCAUAUAAAAAAAUACACAAGGAAGAAAUUGAAGUCACUGAUAAACCCAAAAAGAAGUUAAGCAAAGCUGAAAAAAAUAACAACAAAAUCAAGGAAUUGCUUAAAAAGCACAAAGAUGACCCUUUAUUUGCUGAGUUUAUUGAGGCACAUGUCAAUGAUAAAACGGCUUGGAUCAAGGAAACAUUAACUGAAUUAAGUCAGAACAAUGAUGACAGUGGAGUUGAAGAUGAAACAGCUGACAACAAAAGUGAAGAAAAAGCAGAUGAAAAAAAAGUGUCCGAGGAUAAACAAGAUGCACCACUAAAAGAAAAUAAAGCAGCCAAUGCACAAAUAAGUGAUUUAGAUUAUAUGAAAGUGUUAAUGAAAAAAGUUGAUGGUUUUAAAGAGGAUGUAGUUACUGAAGUUGCUCCAGCAGAGCCAAAGAAAAUAAGAAAUAGGCCAUUAUUCUAUGUAAAAAUAAAUGGAUUGCCUUUUAAAUGUAAAAAGAAGGACAUUAAAGAGUUCUUCAAACCUCUAGUACCAUACUCAAUUAGGUUGCCUCUGGGCAAAGGAAAAAAGCUUGCAGGUUUCUGCUAUGUUGGAUUCAGAACAGAAAAAGAACUUAAAAAAGCACUUAAUAAAGAUAAAUUGUUUUUGGGAAGUCACAGGGUACAUGUUCAUCAAUAUGAAGAUAAAGCAAAAAAGGCUGCUGAAGAGGAAGAACAAGAAAAUAUUAAGAAAAGGAAAGAGAAAGAAUUUAAUGGAGAAAGUAUUGGUGAAAGUGGUAGCAUAUUUGUCCGUAAUUUACCAUAUGUUGUUUCUGAAGAUGAAUUGACAAAAUUGUUUGAAAAAUUUGGUCCACUAGCAGACGUUAACAUGCCAAUAGAUCCCAUACUCCGUCAGCCGAAAGGGUUUGCAACGGUCACAUUUGUCAUGCCAGAGCAUGCGGUUAAGGCUUACACCACGUUGGAUGGUACAGCGUUCUGCGGCAGAAUGCUGCACCUCUUGCCCGCAAAAACGGAACGGCUUGACAAUGAUGAUGAUGAUGCUGGCCUCUCAUUCAAGGAGAAGAAGGCGAAAAAACUAAAGGACCAAGCAAGAUCGUCACACAAUUGGAACACGCUCUUCUUGGGUGCUAAUGCAGUCGCUGACGUUGUGGCAGCGAAUUAUAAUACGACAAAGGAACAGUUAUUGAAUGAGAACAGCAAAAGUACCAGUGCUGCUGUGAGACUUGCACUCGGUGAAACACAACUCGUAGCUGAAACUAAAUCUUUCUUAGAGUCCAAUGGAGUAUAUUUGGAUGCUUUUAAUAGACCCAGUAAAAAAAGAUCGAAGACUUGUAUUCUCGUAAAAAAUUUACCAGCUGGCACUGAUAAGGAAGAAAUUAGGACACUAUUUGCGAAACACGGUCAAAUUGCAAGGUUCUUAAUGCCAAAACACGGAGUGACAGCGUUAGUAGAUUUCAUCGAACCAUUCGAAGCAAAAAAGGCAUUUAUCAAACUUGCAUAUUCACAAUUUAAAUCGGCACCAUUAUAUCUUGAAUGGGCACCAGAAAAUGUAUUUGAAAAAUCAGCUAAGCUAACAGAUAAUGCAAAAACAGAUAUUAGUGAAGUUACUACUAAAGAAGAAGAAGUGAAAGGUAGUAAUUUAAGUAAAAAUGAAGUUAAAGAGCCUUCUAAAGAAACAAAGGAGGACGCUAAAGAAGAUGAUGUAGAACAAGAAGAACCAGAAAAUGAUACAACACUAUUUGUAAAGAACCUUAACUUUAAAACAACAGAGGAAUCCUUGAAAAAACAUUUCGCCAAUUGUGGUAAGUUACACAGUGCGACGAUAGCCAAAAAAAAGGAUCCCAAGAAUCCCGGCAAGUUCCUAUCCAUGGGAUAUGGAUUUGUACAGUUCUAUAGAAAAGAGCACGCAACCGAAGCGCUGAAAUCGCUACAAGGAUCAAUUUUGGAUGAAAAACAGUUGGAAAUGAAACGAUCGGAAAGAGGAAACACAACUGAGGUCAAAACAAAUAAAAAGAGUGUUAAGGAAACAACACAAAACGGCACAAAAAUUCUCGUUAGAAAUGUACCAUUCCAGGCAAAUAGAAAGGAAUUGCACGAAAUAUUUAGGGCGUUCGGAGAAAUCAAAACUCUGCGGCUUCCAAAGAAAUUCACUUCAGAGUCUGACCAACAUCGGGGUUUUGCGUUCAUAGACUAUUAUUCAAAAGCAGAUGCUAAGAAUGCCUUUGAAGCUUUGUGUCAAUCUACCCAUCUUUACGGUAGAAGGUUGGUACUGGAAUGGGCCGACCAAACUGACGAGAAUGAAGAUGUGUCUGCACUAAGAAAAAGAACCGCUGACGCAUUCAAUGCGAGAACACCGGGUGGCAAAAAAUCUAAAAAAGGAUCUAUUGAUGCUGAAGAAUUUGUUGAAAAUGAUGAUGUGAAAUAAAUAUAUGUGGAAGUUGAAUUUAUA